AUGAGUUUGGACGAAACCCUAGCGGUCACCACCGCCCAAGAAGACGAAGAGUACUUGUUCGCUUUCAAACAAAACAUGAUCUCGUGCGUUCCCCUGGUCCUGAAGGCCACCAUCGAGCUCGGCAUCCUCAAGCUCUUGUUUGAGCGCACUGCUCAGCUCUCGCCCACCCAGAUUGCGUCCCGCCUCUCCAUCAAGAACCCCGAUGCCGGUGGCACCAUCGACCGCAUCCUGCGUUUGCUCGCCAGCUUCUCUUUCCUCUCGUGCACCCUCACGCGGGACAAAGCCGGGCGGCCUGAGAGGAUGUACGGCCUGGGCCCCUUGAGCAAGUACUACGUGAGUGAGGAAGGGGCUAGCAUGGCCCCAUGGUUGCUUUUAAUCUUUGACGAGAUUUCCUUGAGAUCGUGGUUUUACUUAAAAGAUGCAGUGAUUCAGGGAGAAGGCGACCCUUUCAAGCUGGCAAACGGCACGACCCUCUUCGACUACAUCGGGAUAGACCCAAAGAAUGCCAAAACAGUCGUCGACGUCAGCGGCGGUGUUGGCGAAUGCCUUAAGCUUAUACUCUCCAAGCACCCCCACCUCCGGGGCAUAAACUUCGACCUGCCCAAUGUUGUCAAAAAUGGGCUUUCUUAUCCUGGUAAUUGA